AUGGACAGUCAUGGUGGACCUCGCUUUCAUCUCCGCGAAGGGCUGCGAGCUAGAGGAAGAAGACCAGCUCGCGUGAAGGGGGAAGAGGAAGAAGAAGAAGAAGAAGAAGAAGAGGAAGAGAUGUCGCAGGCAUUGUGCGAUGCACCGAGCGCGCAGGGGGAUCUACGCUACAUCAAGCUGGUGAGCGGGCAUUCCAUCCCCUCCGUGGGGUUGGGGACAUGGAAGUCCGCCUCCUCCGAAGCCUCCCACUCGGUCUACACUGCCAUCACCGAGGCUGGGUAUAGGCAUGUGGACACAGCUCCACUAUAUGCGAUUCAAGAAGAGGUAGGACGAGGUCUCCAAGCUGCUUUGCAAGCAGGGAUACCAAGAAACGACCUGUUCAUCACAUCAAAGUUGUGGUGCACAGAUCUUUCUCCUGAUAGAGUUCGAAAUGCACUGAAGCAAACCCUAAAAGAGCUGCAGCUUGAAUACCUCGACCUUUAUCUGAUUCACUGGCCAUUUCACCUCAAGGAAGGUGCAACAAGGCCUCCACGAGCAUCUGACAUACUAGACUUCGACAUGGAGGGAGUGUGGCGAGAAAUGGAGAAGCUGGUGAAAGAUGGACUCGUCAGGGACAUUGGAGUCAGCAAUUUCACCUCAAAGAAGCUCAACAAGCUGCUUCAAUGUGCCCAAAUCAUGCCCUCCGUGUGCCAGAUGGAGAUGCACCCGGGCUGGAGGAACGAUAAGAUACUCGAGGCCUGCAAGAACAAUGGGAUCCAUGUCACCGCUUACUCUCCACUGGGAUCUUCGAGAAGUGAUCGAGACCUCAUACACGAUCCAACAGUAGUGACGGUAUCCAAGAAGCUCAACAAGACCCCUGGGCAGGUGCUGCUAAAAUGGGGGUUGCAAAGAGGUACCAGCGUUAUUCCGAAGUCGACGAAUGCCGAUAGGAUCAAAGGAAACAUACAGUUGUUUGGGUGGGCAAUCCCUCAAGAAGACUUGGAAGCUUUGAAUAGCAUACGUGACCAGAGGAGAACUGUGUCCGGAGAGGAGACCUUUGUGAACAAGAGUGAGGGGCCAUACAAGAGUGUGGCUGAACUGUGGGAUGACGAGGUCUAGAAAGAUCGCGGAGUCUCCCUCUGUGGCCCGAGAAAUAAAGCACCAUGCUAUGUUUGCUGAAGUUUCACAAUAUAUAUCUCUUGUAGUUCUUUCAGACUUCGAUAUAUAGGAAUAAGUCAUCGAUCUGCGAUCUGA